UGAACUUAUUCCGAUUGAUCAGAGGACAACUCUAUUUUGUAGCGUCUCCAAAAAAAAAGUGAACAAAUUGCAUUAAGGAAAAAAGAAAAUUAUAAAUUUGUGUACGACUGUCAUAAAGUGCUUAAAUACGCAUCUGGGAGAAAUACAUUUUAAUUCGCUUUUUAUUGCAACGUCAGUGUGUGUUUACAAAUUUUGUAAUUAACUUAAAAGCUCAAGGCGUACGGCGUGCAUGUGUUCUUGAUUGCAAAAAGAACGAAAACAACAGUUACUUGUCACAUUUGACGCAUCAAGCCAGACAAAGGUAGAACAUCAUGAGCUCAACUGAAGAGAACAGCCCGGCAACCACGCCACAGGAAAACGAUCCAACAGCUGAACAAGCCAAUCCCAGAGAUUUGGAGAAAAUCGAAGAGGAGAAACUGAAGUCAAAAUAUCCAAGUGGAAUGCGUGUGCCUGGUGGUCAUUCUGCCUUCCUUCAAAAGCGUCUUCAAAAGGGACAAAAAUUCUUUGAUUCUGGAGAUUAUCAAAUGGCAAAGCAAAAAGGUGGCAGUGUUAAGCAGGUGUUUGCCAAUAAGGUGACUACCGGCGAGGCUAUACCAACGCCAGAGACGGUGCCUGCUCGAAAAACGUCGAUUAUUCAGCCGUGCAACAAGUUCCAAACGACGAGCUAAGCAACAUAUUAUACUGUUUACCUAGAAGCUCCUCACCCCUUGAUGCGCUCCAAAUGCUCUUUAAUUAAUAUUCUAGUUUAUUACUAAGUUGGCUGAUCUAUGAUGUGCACUUAGCCUUUGCGCUGGCGCUCGGUUUGCCGAAUUGUAAACAUUUCAUUCUCAAGUUUUCUUUGAUUAAUUUAUUCCCGUGAACCCGCAUUUGUUUAUUUUUCUCCUUUGCCUUUGCUCCAAUAAAAUUUCGCGUAUCUAUAUAUCGAGCUUGCGCCAAUCUCAAGAACAUUGAAUGUAUUAUGGCACUCCUGAAGCAGCAUGUAACUAUUCAAAAGUUCUAAUUAACAAUAUAUUAUUCUGAUCGUAUGUAGCUGUAAGUUAUUGAAAUCGUAAUAAACUUAAGUUGUAACCAGUUCAA